UAUGGAAGAUAAAAUAUUAAAAACUAUUAAUUCUUUCGAAACCAUUGAAACACUGGAAAUAGCUAGGUUAUUAAAUGUUGAUCAUCAAAAAAUUAUUGGCUUUAUUAAAAGCUUGGAGUCAUUUACAAAAUUUAUAAAUGUUCAACCCAUGUCAUGUAAAAAUAUAACAUUGACUCCUGAGGGUCUAGAAAUAGCUCAGAAUGGUAGUUAUGAAGCAAUUUUAUAUAAUUCGAUACCAUUAAAUGGGAUUUCACAAAAAGAUCUAAUGGAAAAUGUCAAAAAUUAUAAAAUUGGGUUUAGUAAAGCAAUGUCAUUUGGAUGGAUAAAACUUGAUAAAUCAAAUGAACCUACUAUAUAUAGACAAGUAGAUAGUAUUGUAGAUCAAGUCCAACAAUGGUUGCUUAAAAUAAAAGAUUCAAUUGUGGAAGAUAUACCAUCAAAUUUAAAACAUGAAUUUAAAAGAAGGAAAUUAAUUACUGAAAACUUGGUAAAAAGCUAUAGAGUUAGUAAAGGCUUAGAAUUUAAACUUAAAAUUGAUAAAGAAAUUACUGAUUUAUCUCCAGAAAUGAUUGAAGGGGAUUUAUGGAAAGAUGUUACAUUUAAAAAAUACAAUUUUAAGGCAUUAGGUGUUUCCCCAAGUUCUGGCCAUUUUCACCCACUAAUGAAAGUGAAGACUCAAUUUAGACAGAUAUUUUUAGAAAUGGGUUUUUCUGAAAUGGCUACGAAUAAUUAUAUUGAAAGUUCAUUUUGGAAUUUUGACGCAUUAUUUCAACCUCAAAACCACCCAGCUAGAGAUGAACACGACACCUUCUUUUUAAGCGAUCCAAAAAAUUGCUUAGACAUACCUCUUGAAUAUUUAAAAAAAGUUAAAAAGAUUCACACACAUGGAGGCUUUGGAUCUUUAGGUUAUCAAUAUGACUGGAAAACUGAAGAGGCUCAAAAAAACAUUUUAAGAACUCAUACAACUGCUGCUAGCACAAGAAUUUUAUAUAAAUUAGCUCAAGAUAACUUCAAGCCAUGUAAAUAUUUUAGCAUUGAUAAAGUUUAUAGAAAUGAAAAUUUGGAUGCUACACAUUUGGCUGAGUUUCAUCAAAUUGAGGGAAUCAUCGCAGAUUACGACUUAAGCUUAGGUCAUCUAAUGGGGGUCCUAAAGGAGUUUUAUAAAAAACUUGGUUUAACGAAAUUAAGAUUUAAGCCGACCUAUAAUCCGUACACAGAACCCAGCAUGGAAAUUUAUAGUUAUCAUGACGGUUUAAAUAAAUGGGUAGAAAUUGGAAAUUCAGGCAUUUUCAGACCAGAGAUGUUAUUGCCGAUGGGUUUACCAACUAAUAUCUCUGUUAUCGCAUGGGGUUUAUCCUUAGAAAGGUUAUGAUAGACUCUUACCAAUUAGCUGGUUGUCGAGAUCUUCAAUCGAUUUCUUUCGUAUAUACUAUCCCACACCGAACAAUUUCAUUCUAAAAAGAAGUAUAACUAGACAUUGUUAUUAAGAUAUUAGAAACUUCUUUUAAUGUUAAAAGUGAGCAAAUCCCAUCCCAACAACUUGAGCCCAGAUCUCAUCGUUUUUAUGAAAGUUACCAAUUCCCACUUAUUUUGGCUAUUAAAUAUGCCCCGCUUUUACUUCUGAAACUUAGGAUAUCGCUAAAAUAUUUAUUUCGAUUAUCAUCACCUUGUAAAAUGUCUAAUUCUUUUAUUAUAUCACAUGCUUCAUCAAACUCAAUAUUAGAAAGAUGCUCCCCUUAUAUUGGUAAUCCAAUAAAUAAUCAGCAUUGUGAGCACAUCUUUUUGGAUUGUUUUUCUUU